GAUUGAAAAUGGAGAAAAAGAAAAGGUUGUAAUUUCCAUUAAAAUUAAAGAUGCAAAGCGGUGAUUUUCUGUAAUUAGAAAAAAAAAAAAUGGUCUAUCCAUGACCUGAGCUGUUCCCAACGAGACACCAUUCCAUCUUUGAUCAUUUCAGGUCUCAUUUAUAUCGCCUAUUAACUUCCAUUUCCCUUCAAUCCGCCUGGCAAUCCCCUCUUCCACCUCUCUCCAGUUAUUCACCGUUCACUUCUUCUUCUUCUUCUUAAUUUCUUGUUCUUCAAUCUCCAGUUAUCUGUGACUUCUAGAACUGUCGUCAAGCAGAGCACGGUUCGAAUCAAUCGAACAGGGUUUCAAGAAUUGAAGUUUUGGAGAUACUGGAAGGCUUAGGUGUUUGUCCAGUUCACUGGUUUUUGUUUAUACUAAUAGAGCCUCACAGUCUUGUGUUAUGAUUGUAUUUUGAGAAUUUGGGUUUUGGGUGAUCUAAGAAAUCCAAGUUUCUUGAGAUGUAUGCUGUAGAGAGGCUAGGCAGCUACAUCACCCGAGGUGUGUACACUGUCUCUGGCCCAUUUCACCCAUUUGGUGGAGCUGUGGAUAUCAUUGUGGUUGAGCAGCCAGAUGGGAGCUUCAAGUCCUCACCCUGGUAUGUCAGGUUUGGGAAAUUUCAAGGGGUUUUGAGGGCAAGAGAAAAGGUGGUUACCAUUACUGUUAAUGGAAAUGAUGCAAAUUUUCACAUGUAUCUUGAUCAAAGAGGAGAAGCUUUCUUUCUCCACGAGGUUGAAGGAGAAGAAGGUGAAUCUGUAUCGUAUCUUUCAUCUUCAAGUGAUGAGAUGGAAGAGGGAUCCCAGAAAAUCAGGAGCACAAUGAAGUCCGAAAGUUGCAAUUAUGAGGGCAAUAAUUUGAAUUCUGGUGACCGGAUUGAUGCAAGUAAUGGAGAUGUGGCUAGGAGUAAUUCCCACCAGUCAAGGGUAUCUAGGCUUGUUUUCGGACGAAGGUCAAUGAAGGAGGAUGGUUAUCAAGGGGGAGUUGAUGGUGCUGGAGUGGUAAGGAUAAGUUCAUUGGACCGUGCAGAGAUUGCAGCCGACCUUGUUGAAACUUUCAUGUUAAAUGAGAGUGAUCUGGAAGAAAAAUUGGUGGAGAUAUCUGAAUCAUCAAAAAACAUUGAUGAACCUAGUUUAGAGAAUGUCGAUCAAGAUAACGAUGUUACAGAUGUACUCCCUGAGGUCACUUGUUCUGAUUCACAAAUUGCAGAUGCGUUUGAAGCGUGCCCUGGCAAGAAGUUGGAUGAUAAACAGGCUUCUGAUGACAGAAAUGUUGUAUUGCCAGGCUUUGGCAUCUCUCAGGAGGAGAGUGGGUCCAGUAGAGUUCAAUCUUUCAUUUAUCGUGAGGCAUCUGAGAGUGCAAUAAUGGGGUUGAAUGGUUUGAAAGAGCAAUACGAGGAAACACUCUUCCUUACUAGUGGAGAGGCUGAGGAAGCUCAAUUUUGUGCUGAAACUUUGCAUGUGACAGCUGAGCCAUUACCUGAGGAUACAGUUAACCAGCAAACUGAGGAUAUAGAGUUGGAGAGAGGACGCAUUGAGUCUUGUGAGACAAAUCCAUCUUCUUCUUCCAUACAUGGCCCUGAUGGAGCGAACCUUGAAGUUCCAUUAACAAUAUCAACAUCUUAUACUCAAAUGGUCCAUGUUGACUCUGUACUUCGUUCGGUUGAAGUAGAGUCAAAGCGCCCUGUUUCCAAUGUUAGCAAUUCAGUGGAUCAAACUGAAGAGGAAAUAAAUAUUGGGGAUAAAAUUACUAGGGACGAGCUGAAACCUUCUCUAGAAUCAGCUGGUGUCUCAGAACAACUUAAUGGUGAAUAUACAACUAAAGAAGCUAUAAUUCCAGUAUCUGAGAGUUCAGAGGAAGAACAAUUCUUCUUCAGUGAUAUUGAUGACUUUGAACUCAGAGAAACUCAGGCAGAUUCAAAUUUUCCUGGUGGUGUUGAUAACGAGAAUCUUCCCUCGUUUUGUCCAGAAGGGAUUAAGAUAGUGAAUGGGCUGCUUAACACAAAUGAUGAAACUUACUCCUCUCCACACAACUAUUUUCAAGAGAAUGGAUUGGGUGACUUUGAAAACUUGACAGAAAAUCCGAAGUUAACAUUGAGUCCUGUUUGUAUUCCUAAACGUCAUAAUGCUGCUGAAGCAGAAGUUGGACGGCUGACAGAAUCAUUACCUGAGUUAUGGUCUCACAUUGAUAAUCUAGGUACAGAGGACUCUCGCCCUCUAAGCCAUUCACUGGACUUGAAUUCCGAAUCCAUGGAGUGGAAAUUGCACGGCAAGAAUGAGUCACACUUUACAAAUUCAGAUAAAGGCAACGAAAAUAAGUCAAUGGAGGAUUAUUCCAAUAAGGAAGAUACUCAACAUUUGGAGGAUAUCAAAGAUGAUGUUGGCAAUCCUGCUAUUGAGAUCUCUCUUUGCAAACACUUGCUAUAUGAAGGAAUGGGAGCUGAAGCUGCUUAUCAAGCAUUUAAUGCUGAAAAGUUGGAUAUGGAAAAAUUUACUUCUUUAGGUCCUGCAGUUGUGAAGAAUGAUAGGCUUGUUGUUAGAAUUGGUGGCCACUACUUUCCUUGGGAUGUAGCUGCUCCUAUUGUUUUAGGACUGGUAGCAUUUGGAAGUGAAAACAUAUUUGAGUUAAAAGGCAUGAUACCUGUGGAUCAAGUUGAGAAAUCUCUUGUAGGCGAUCCAUCGGAAACCAUUGUUACCACUGGUGGAAGCUGGUGGCCCUUCCCUUUUAGAAGAUCAAGAUCCAGGAAGACAGUGCAGCCAGAUCUAAGUGAUACCAGAAGUUCUGAUGAUUUGAUUGUUUCAGACAGCAUUAUUUGCAUGGAUGAUGAUAAAAAUGCGCUCAAAGGAAAGGCCUCAAACAAGAUGAUAAAGGCAAUUGCUCCAACGUCUGAACAACUGGCAUCCUUGAAUCUGAAGGAAGGGAGUAAUGCAGUAACAUUCACGUUCUCCACUGCAAUGCUGGGGAAGCAGAAGGUUGAUGCUAGAAUUUAUUUAUGGAAAUGGAGCACUCGCAUAGUGAUCUCUGAUGUUGAUGGGACAAUAACAAAAUCAGAUGUUCUAGGCCAGUUCAUGCCUUUGGUUGGGAUAGAUUGGUCACAAACUGGGGUUGCACAUUUAUUCUCAGCUAUUAAGGAUAACGGUUAUCAAUUCCUUUAUCUAAGUGCACGAGCAAUUGCUCAAGCCUAUCUUACCAGACAGUUCCUAGUCAACCUUAAGCAGGAUGGGAAGGGUCUGCCAGAUGGUCCUGUUGUCAUAUCACCUGAUGGACUUUUUCCGUCUCUGUUUCGUGAAGUCAUCAGAAGGGCUCCUCAUGAAUUCAAGAUUGCAUGUCUGGAGGAGAUCAAGGCAUUGUUUCCUUCUGAUUGCAACCCCUUCUAUACUGGUUUUGGUAAUAGAGAUACUGAUGAGAUUAGCUACCUAAAGGUUGGAAUCCCCAAGGGAAAGAUCUUCAUCAUUAAUCCCAAGGGUGAGGUUGCCGUGAACCGCCUUGUUGACACAAGAUCGUAUACUUCCCUUCAUGCUCUUGUGCAUGGCAUGUUCCCAGCCAGGACAUCGUCUGAGCAGGAGGAUUAUAAUUCGUGGAAUUUCUGGAAAUUGCCACCUCCUGAUAUUGAUAUUUGAAGGUGUCAAUUGGAAAUUUUACUUAGGCCUGUUGAGUGCGGAGACUUAUGGGUUUCUGACAGACAUUGUUGUAGAACUAUUCAGGAUUACGAGUCAUAAGAGCUGAUGGAGGAAUUUCCACCAUGCUAUCUCUGUGCUGGCAAGGUGGGUCAUCCAUUGGUGACCCAAAAGGAGUUUAUACAGGAUCUGCACAAGAGAAGUUGAAUUCAUUGUCUAUAUUUUGCUUCAUAAACAGUUAAAUGUACAAAUACUAGAUAUUGUAUAGCACAUACAUUUAGUCCUAUAAAUGUAAGCGCUUUUCAUAGGCAGUAAGCAUGCCUUGAAAGCAUUCAUGUAUAAUCCUCUUUCCGAAAUGCCUUGCAUUUGAUUCUUUCUUUUAUCUAAAUUAUAAAAAAUUAGUUAAUCAAUCUUAGCGCUUGAGUUUUAGAAAGAAAAUCAAGUAUCUAAUGUUUAUUUCUUUUUUCCCUGAAAUAGUUUAUAUAAUAAUAGUUCAAAUCAUUGUGCAGUUGAGAAGAAAUCGUUGAUUGGGGCCAACAGUAGCAAAGAGUUUAAAUGUGUUCUACAUUGACAUUUCAAUUUAUUAAAAUAGUAUCAAAGUCAGUCUCAAAUAUAGCUUCUCACAUCAAGUUGAGCAUACAAUCUUUUUUAUUUAUAGCAUGUUAGUGCGUUUCUUGUCAGUCAAAAGCACUAUAUCUAGCUCUCACCAACCUAACUAAAUUUCUUCCAUUAGGCAAAUAUUCUGGAGGGAGAAAAGCCACCGUUUUUUCGGUUUUCUUCCCUCGGGCUCACUUUUCGUUUCUCUGUGGAUAGGGGAAGGUUUCCUCUUACGGCCCGGACUAUGGGUGGUUUACCCCACCUCCGGGUUAGAUGUAUAUAUAUUUUGCGGUGGGUGUUUGUUCGCAGGUCAUGAGGUUUUUUCGGAAGAGGAUUCUCUGUUUUUGUGGUCUUCGAUUGUGUUUCCCUUGAGUUUCAAGCUGUUGUAACUCGGAGGACGGUUUUCUCACAGUCGAGGCGUGAGCAUCUCUGGGGUCUCAGAGCUCGUCCACUUGCUGGGAUAGCUGACCCCAAGGUUAAAAAACACUGAGAAGCCAAUGAGCGCUGCGCAAGCCAUUGCAUUAGCUGUGUUUAUCUCCCCUCUUCUUAUAUGUAAGUGAGGGUUUUAAUAUGUUUGGAACAUCAAAUAAAUUACUAUUAGUUUAUCUGAGGUUUUCUCUUUUUCAUAUAAAGGACUUGGUAUGUUUUACAUUUGCCUCUCUCGAGGGUUUUGUACAUCAGAAAAUGUUAGUUAAAUGACCCAUUUAAUUUGGCCUUUUUAA